UCUCAAGUUAUCCGCGGAGUGGAACCGGAACGUUAACUGAUAAAAAGUAAAGCAAAAUUCUUCCAAGCUGGGCUGGAUUCCUGGAACUGCAAGGACACAAAACUCCCAUGAAGUCUACACCAAAGUCCAAGUAGUUUUAUUGUAAAUAAUUUUUUUAAAGCCACCUCCUAUCAUUUUUUAAAAAAUACAAUUUCAGUUUAGCCCUGGUACUUCCUCCCAUCCCACCACUAACUCAGUCCUAUUCUGCUUUGCUCUUUUGCGAUCCGCCGAGGCUGACUGCUGCGGGCGGGACAUGUUGCAAACAUGCAGCAGAGGGUUGUCCUCCCCAAUAGAGGUGGCUAGAAAUGGUUUAGUCCAGGGUAGGCAACCUCGCUCUUUUACGACUCGUGGCUGGCUCAGGAAUUCUGGGAGUUGAAGUCCAUGAGUCAUAAAAGAGCCGAGGUUGCCUAUCCCUAGUUUAGUCUGUGGUGCCUGGUGGUUGCUAGGCAGCGAGGUGGUGAUUUGGAUUCCGGUGAGUUAGGAGACAGGCAGAGGAAAGGGGUGACCGGGAGUAGCAGCCUACAAGAAGGUGGGAGGCCUGUGCAAAUAUGAUGGGUGAACAGCCCUGAUUUCCUUGUGGAAGAGAUGGUUAUGGAUUAUGGCAUCGGUAGCACCCAGGACCAUCAAUGACUACUCUGUAGUGAUUCUAAAAACAUCCAGACAGGAUGUCUCAUCUCUGUCACACUAUUGUACCAUUAUUGGCUGGCAUUCAUGAACACAAUGUGAUUUUUGUCAUGUAUACCUCAGAAUGUAAUCCUUCCAAUCCACAUAUCAUGAAAGAACUUCUGAUAAAAACUCUAUAUUCCCUGGGUAGCAGACUAAUGGAUUCCAUGUUCAAUAUCAUCUGGUGUUCCAGCAAGGUGUUAAAAUGGCAGAAUGAAUUGGUAGAAUGUUCCCUCACCAACAUCAUGGAUGCAGCUUCUUGGAUCAGAACUCUGCAAAUGAAUAGCAAGGCGAAAGCCAAUGCUUGGAAUGCCAUUGAAGAAGCAAUAAAGGAUCCCAGCUGCCAAGCAAUAUACCUGUUCACCAGCGGUUUGCCCGAAGGCAGAGUGGAAGAAAUCUGUAGCCGCCUGAAAGAGACAAAGCAAUUGUGUCCAGUGCAUAUUGUGCAAUUGGUAGAAAAUGGAGAGGACAAUAAAAUUAGCUGUCAAAAGCUAUUGGUGAACAUAGCCAAGAUGUCUGGUGGUACUUUCCAAGCUAUUGAUGGAGCUUCCUGUGAGGAUAAGACUGACUGUAAUUUAGGUUUUCAUCAUGCUGGUAGCAUCGGCAAUCAUCUCAGCUUCCCUCCACUGACAGAUCAUUGCACAAAACAGUUUCCUUUGGGAACAUGGAGUCCAGAUACUUGUAACACGUGUUUAAGAAGUUCCAUGCAAGAGAAUUUAGGAGACUGUUCCACAAACAGCCAUCAUUUGCUGAGAGGGAUUCGAGUCCUUGCCAGAAAACAAACAGAUGGGUAUUACUAUCUCAGUCAUAUUGUCCAAAAGGUGAAGGAUUCCAAUGAACAUGUUCUAGUUGAGUUUGAAAGAUGCCAGCGAUUACGGAAAGGUAAGCCUCCAUUUCGAAGGCAAGAAGUGCCUCUGUAUGACAUCAUCCAUUACGAUGAUGCCAGGUGGCAGCCAUUAUCUGCAGGAGAUGGGACCCUUGCUCCAUGGGAGAAGAACGGCAGACGAUAUGGCCCAGGCAUCGUUCUCCAAGUAGCAGAAACCAGGUCAGAUUAUUCAGCUUUUCAAAAUAGCAAAGUGCUGAUUAACUUCUGGAAUGGUCAGACCAAGACAAUAUCAGCAGAUGUUGCUGUGAGGAUCCCUCUUUUGUUGUAUGAACGCAUUGUUCUUGAGCUUCAGAUGCCAUUGACAGCCAGGCAGCUGUUGGUGGAGCAGAAUCCAGAUUAUCCUUCUGUUGUGCCACCUGGAUACCGAGCUUCUGAACCUUGCAGGCAAAACCAUUUACCUUGGAUGCCUUGGCCUCAGACUCCAAAGAUCCAUUGUAUUGGUGUCUGUGGUAGCAAUACCCAUUUUUCUCCUUGGUCUUUCUGCUGUCCACUACAGAAUCAUAGUAUAUCUCCAAUAAGUUCAACAUGGGCAGAUGAUGCUUUGAUACCAAGAGUCAGCCCAUCAAAAGAGGAGUUGAGCAAGAAAUUAGAAGACCAAUUUUCAAAAGGCACACCUCCCACUUUGGAAAAUGAUAAGAAUGCAAAAGAAGAUAGCAGCAAACAAAAGACGGAAACAAAUUUAGCAGAUGCAAAAUCUUGGGAAGAGAAGGAAAUCAAAGUUGUAGAACCCAGUAAGGACCAGAAAGCGAUGGAUUCGGAAGAUACAAUGAACAAUACUGGCACCAUGGUUGAUAUAGCGACCAAUACAGGCAAAUGGACAACUCAACAAAAACAGAACUGUUUUUUACAGCCCAACCUGAGUGGAUCUUUAACCCAGCUUUCCCAAAGAAAUACUUCUCAGAAAACUUACUUUGCUAACAAUUCCAAACUCCAGGAUAAGCUUGACUGGGUGGACAGGUCACUGAAGAAAGAUCGUUUAGCUAUUGAAUCUGUUUUGCACAUGAGAAGGAGCUACAGUGCACCACCAUCUGGACAGAGAUUAAUAGAGAAGGAAGCCCCUUGGGAUGGUCCCAGAGAUGUGGAUGCCAACCCAACUAAGAUAAACUUCAAACGGCAAAAGUGGGAGCAGAGACAGCUUAAGAAAGAGCAACAACAACAGGAAAGCCAUCACAAAAGAGAGAUGCGGCUUGAAAAUAAGAGGCAGCAGUUUCUCCAGCGGACAUUGCAAGGCUCACAAAAGCUGCAGGAGCAGAAUGACAGGGCUGAGCGGCACCUGGAGCAGCUGCGGGAGGCAACAGCAGAGAGGAGAAGGCAGGAGUCCCAUUUGUGGGAAGAAGAAGGAAAGAAAGAUAACCAAAGGAAGGAAUUCUUAAAGGCACAGCACAAGCAGAGGGAGAAGCAGCUGGCAAAAUAUAAUCAAAUGAUUGAUGACCAGGAAAAAAAGAGGCUGGCACUUCUCAGGAAUAGAAAAGAAGUCAUGCAAAAGAAUGCAGAAAUUGCCCUGAAGGAACAGGAGGCAGAAAAUAAGAAGAAGGAAGCUGCCAAUUGCCAGAGGUCCCAAAAGCGAGAGCAGAUUUUACAAAAUAACGAAAAGGAGAGGCAGAUGCAGAAAGGACUCCUACAGUAUCUCAGGGAACAGGACCUCUUACUGCUCCGUGCUUCUAUGCUACCAUAGAAUAAAGCAAUUUCUGCAGCCAAGGCACUAAGAGUGUUCACAGAUA